AUGGCAGACGUCGCGAAGUAUACGGUCGGCUGGAUAUGCGCAAUCCCUACUGAGUUCGAUGCGGCACAGGCCUUCCUUGACGACGAAGACGAAGAACAGCCCCCGGUCGCACAAAACGACAAUAACAACUAUGCUCUGGGUCGAAUCGGUUCUCACUGUGUAGUGAUUGCUGUACUGCCUGAUGGAGAGUACGGCACAAAUGCUGCUGCUGCCGUGGCGCGGGACAUGCUGCACAGCUUCCCCAAUGUGCGCAUUGGACUCCUGAUCGGCAUCGGCGGGGGCGCGCCUAGUCCGAAGCAUGACGUCCGGCUUGGGGAUAUCGUCGUUAGUAGUCGGGACGGAGGCAAAGGCGGCGUCUUCCAGUACGACUUUGGAAAGGCUAUUCAGAAUCGGGACAUUCCUUUCGAGCAUACCGACUUCUUGAACCAACCACCGACAGUGUUGCGAACAGCCGUCAGCGCACUCAAGAGUCGGUACAAGAGAAAGGGACAUCAGCUCAAUGAGCACAUCGAGAAAGCACUAGCAAGGUGGCCCCGCCUGCGAAAGACAUACGCGCGGCCCUCUUCGCAAAGCGAUAGGCUCUAUCGAUCCGACGUCCUUCAUCCGAAUGGAGCGGACGGAUGCGAUAGCGCGUGCGGCGAUGUUCCAGCUCACCUCGUGCAUCGGACUGAACGAAACGAUCUUGACGACAAUCCCGCCAUCCACUAUGGAUUGAUUGCUAGUUCCAAUCAACUGAUGAAAAAUGCCAAGAUCAGGGAUACCAUGGCAAGAGAGAAGGGCGUCCUAUGCUUUGAGAUGGAGGCGGCUGGUCUUAUGAACCACUUCCCAUGCCUGGUGGUCCGUGGGAUCUGUGACUAUUCUGAUUCACACAAGAACAAGGAAUGGCAAGGGUUCGCGGCGAUGACGGCGGCUGCUUACGCGACGGACCUUUUGCGUCAAAUUCCGCCGAACAAGAUCGAGGCUGAAAAGCCAAUCGGGGAGGUGUUAGACCGGGUCCAAAAAGAUCUGAGCUCUGUACACGAAGAUGUGAUUGGAACGAAGACCGCUGUGAUAGCCUCUAGAAACGACAAGCAUGUUGAGAAGGUUCAUCGCUGGCUAUCACCUGCAGAUCCGUCGACCAACGCGACGAGGGCGAGAGAACGCCGGCAUGCCGGCACUGGAACUUGGCUGCUGGAAAGUGCCGCAUUUCGGGAGUGGGAGGCUGGAGAACGCCAAUGUCUAUGGCUCUAUGGUCUUGCAGGGUGUGGUAAAACAGUGCUGAGCACGACAAUUCUCGAUCACCUUGAGAAAACGGGAGCGCACCCUACGCUAAGAUUUUUCUUCGAUUUUAACGACACGAGGAAGCAAUCACUGGAUGACUUACUACGCUCAUUGGCGUUUCAAUUGUAUCGCACGGAAAUAGAGGCCACAAAAGUACUCGACAGACUAUUCACCUCUAGCGAUGAUGGCCGCCGACAGCCAGACGUCAACGCUCUUUCCGCCUGUGUCGAGUCGAUGCUACAGAGCUCCCUCCGCAUCACCGUCGUUCUAGACGCUCUAGAUGAAUGCACGACGAGAGACAAGCUCCUUUCCUGGGUUCGACGACUUUCCAGUAGCUCGAACACGAAGAAGACCAAGCUCGUCGUGACUGGGCGGCCCGAAGCAGAAUUUCAACGCGAGAUUCCUCGGCUUUUCGGCGAAGAUAACUGCAAGCUGCUGAGCAAAGAGGCUGUUAACGCCGAUAUACGCUCCUAUGUCGGCCACGAGCUUCAUCAGCGGCCUGACUUCAAGGAGAAAAAAAUACCUCACGAUCUCUUGAAUCAAAUACGCAGCCAGGUUGGAGACGGAGCGGAUGGGAUGUUUCGAUGGGCGGCGUGUCAGCUAGACAGCCUUGCCCAAUGCCUCCAUCCUCAGGCCAUCAGAGAAGCUUUACGCAAUUUGCCCCGGGAUCUCGACGAAACGUAUCAGCGCAUGCUUCAGAGUAUAGCGCCGGAGCUCAAGGACGAUGCGUUUCGGCUGUUACAGUUUCUCGUCCAUGCUAAAAGACCUUUAACAGUAUCCGAAGCUGUGGACGUGAUUGCCACGCUGAUAGAGAAAAGCCAACGAGAGUUUAACGCCGAACGCAGACUACUUCGUGACGACGACAUAUUAUGUUACUGUCCCAGUUUGGUAUCAAUCGCUGAGGUCGAGCGAGACGAGGUAAUAGUAAGAGAAAUACAGCUUGCCCACUUUUCAGUCAAGGAGUACUUGGUGGAACGAAGCCAAUUCAACCUCGAAAUGGCCAGUAGGGCAAUCGCGACGACUUGCUUCACAUACAUCGAAAGCAUUGACUGCGAAUUCCAGACCAUGAGAUCGACAUUCCCUCUGGCACGGUAUGCUGCAGAGGUAGCACUGAUACAUGCCCAGUUGGCGGAAUCGUCCCAGGAGACUUUUGACGAUAUAGCAACCUUUUUCCAAGAAGAAACCACUUUCACACGAUGGGGCUACCUUUAUCAGCCCGAUAGACCUUGGGAAGAUGAGCCUGGGUUACCUAAAGCAGGAUGCCUGUAUUAUACUUGCCUCGGUGGACUCUCAAGGGUAUCUAGGUUCUUCAUUGACAAUGGCGCAGACGUCAACGCACAGGGUGGCCAAUACGGCAACGCUCUCUGUGCUGCCUCUGAAGGAGGCCAUCAAGAGAUCGUACAGUUUCUACUCGAUAGAGGCGCAGAUAUCAACGCACAGGGCGGCUUCUACGGCAACGCUCUCUACGCUGCCUCUUCUGAUGGCCACCAAGAGAUCGUACAGCUUCUCCUCGACAAAGGCGCAGACGUCAACGCGCAGGGCGGCGUCUACGGCAACGCUCUCCAGGCUGCCUCUGAUGGAGGCCACCAAGAGAUCGUACAGCUUCUUGUCGACAAAGGCGCAGACGUCAACGCACAGGGUGGCCACUACGGCAACGCUCUCUACGCUGCCUCUUCUGGAGGCCACCAAGAGAUCGUGCGGCUUCUACUCAAGAAAGGUGCAGACGCCAACGCGCAGGGCGGCCACUUCGGCAACGCUCUCUGUGCUGCCUCUGAAGGAGGCCAUCAAGAGAUCGUACAGCUUCUACUCGAUAGAGGCGCAGAUAUCAACGCACAGGGCGGCGAGUACGGCAACGCUCUCUAUGCUGCCUCUGAAGGAGGCCAUCAAGAGAUCGUACAGCUUCUACUCGACAAUGGCGCAGACGUCAACGCACAGGGCGGCGUCUAUGGCAACGCUCUCUACGCUGCCUCUGAUGGAGGCCACCAAGAGAUCGUACAGCUUCUCCUCGAUAGAGGCGCAGAUAUCAACGCACAGGGCGGCGAGUACGGCAACGCUCUCUACGCUGCCUCCUCUGGAGGCUACCAAGAGAUCGUACGGCUUCUGCUCGACAAAGGCGCAGACGUCAACGCACAGGGCGGCUUCUAUGGCAACGCUCUUCAGGCUGCCUCAUAUAGAGGCCGUCAAGAGAUCGUACAGCUUCUACUCGAUAGAGGCGCAGAUAUCAACGCACAGGGCGGCAAGUACGGCAACGCUCUUCAGGCUGCCUCAUAUAGAGGCCGUCAAGAGAUUGUACAGCUUCUACUCGAUAGAGGCGCAGAUAUCAACGCACAGGGCGGCGAGUACGGCAACGCUCUCUACGCCGCCUCAUAUAGACGCCACCAAGAGAUCGUACAGCUUCUUGUCGACAAAGGCGCAGACGUCAAGGCACAGGGCGGCUUCUAUGGCAACGCUCUCUAUGCUGCCUCUGAAGGAGGCCAUCAAGAGAUCGUACAGCUUCUCCUCGAUAGAGGCACAGAUAUCAACGCACAGGGCGGCAAGUACGGCAACGCUCUUCAGGCUGCCUCAUAUAGAGGCCGUCAAGAGAUUGUACAGCUUCUACUCGAUAGAGGCGCAGAUAUCAACGCACAGGGCGGCGAGUACGGCAACGCUCUCUACGCCGCCUCAUGUAGAGGCCACCAAGAGAUCGUACAGCUUCUUGUCGACAAAGGCGCAGACGUCAACGCACAGGGCGGCUUCUAUGGCAACGCUCUCCAGACUGCCUCUUCUGACGGCCACCAAGAGAUCGUACAGCUUCUUGUCGACAAAGGCGCAGACGUCAACGCACAGGGCGGCUUCUAUGGCAACGCUCUCCAGACUGCCUCUUCUGACGGCCACCAAGAGAUCGUACAGCUUCUCCUCGAUAGAGGCGCAGAUAUCAACGCACAGGGCGGCGAGUACGGCAACGCUCUCUACGCUGCCUCUGAUGGAGGCCACCAAGAGAUCGUACGGCUUCUACUCGAUAGAGGCGCAGAUAUCAACGCACAGGGCGGCGAGUACGGCAACGCUCUCUACGCUGCCUCAUAUAGAGGCCGUCAAGAGAUCGUACGGCUUCUACUCGAUAGAGGCGCAGAUAUCAACGCACAGGGCGGCGAGUACGUCAACGCUCUCUACGCUGCCUCAUAUAGAGGCCGUCAAGAGAUCGUACGGCUUCUCCUUGAAAAGGGUACAGAUGUGAGCAACCACUAG